ACUGGGAUAUGUAAGUGCGUGUUUGCUCGCAAGAUGAAUCGCGUCUUAAGUAAUUUAAUCGUGCGCGAAAUAAAGACAGUAUUACAUUUAUAAAUCCGUAAUUACGAUGCGAAUGUAGUAUCCAUUUUGCAUAGUUUUGAAUUAGUAAAUUGAAGUUUAAGUAGAACCCAUUAUAACGUUUGGAAGAAUGUCUCACGCAGUACUUAGAGGGAAAGCAACAAAGGCACAAACAUAUCUUGACGAUAUUUUAAAUGCAGUACUAACAACUAAACAUGAAACAGAUAUAAGUAAAAUCAGUUUAUCUGAAAUACUGUUAUAUAGUAUGAAAGCAAAUCGCUCUGGAAUUUUCAUGAUAAAUGGUUUAACAAAUGAAUAUAUUACUAACGAACAAAUACUCAAAAUUGCAAUACCAAUAACAAGGACGUUGAUUGCAAAUGGUUAUUCUAGAAAACACGUAAUGGUGAUAUUAAGAAAUGAUGAAUAUAUGGCAGCAGUUUACUAUGGAAUAAUCUUUUCAGGAGCCAUCCCUAUAUUAAUAGAUCCUAAUAGCACGAACUAUGAAUUUACUCAUUUCAACAACUUAGUUGGUCCAAAGGUGAUCUUCUGUGAACAGAAGAAACUAAACGAUAUUACUGAGUUACUUAAUAAACGUAAUAUUAAUCAACCAGAGAUUGUUGUUGCGGAUAGCAAUGCUAUUCAUAAAUUCACUAAAAAUGCAAGUUCCAAUAUAGAUGACUUCAGAAUAACACAUGUGAACUUAGAUUUACCAGUUUUGAUGUUGCCCACAAGUGGGUCUACUGGAUUGCCCAAAGCUGCAAUACUAUCACAGGGAGGCUUGAUCGCACAGUUGCCCACUCUAUGGACGCAACAUUCCCAGUUUCCUAGACCGACAAACAUAGCAAUGUUGGUAUCAACUGCGCAAUGGAUGACGCACACUAGCUUAAUGAUCGCUUGUCCCGUGUACCAGAUAACAUUACUGAUGACCCCGAAGUCAACUAUUGACUGUCUUCUUACUAUGAUUAGACGGCAUAAGCCAACUUGGGCUCUUCUGGGGCCAACAUUUGCGAAUACUUUAGCUACUGCGGCUUCCGUCGAUGACUUGGGUUCUUUGGAGACGGUGUUAACAACCGGAGCUAAACCAGGCCCUGAUAUAAUGAAAUCAUUAAAGAGAAAAUUACAAUUAAAUGUCAAUUUAUGUAAUGGCUAUGGAACAACUGAAACCCAUGGAUUUAUCACCAUACCAGCCAAUGAUACUCCUUUCGAGUCUAACGGAAAUAUUUUAAAUAUUUUGGAAUUUAAGUUGUGCAAUGAAUCUGGCGAGGAAGUAGGAAAAUGUGAACAAGGACAGUUAUAUUUGCGCAGCAAAUUAUGUAUAUUGCAGGGUUAUUACAAAAAUCCUGAAGCUUACGAUGAAUGUCUAUCGAGCGACGGAUGGUGGAAGACUGGUGACAUUUUCUACCAAAACAAUGAAGGCCUCAUGUUCUUUGUUGAAAGACAGAAGUUUUGGUUUAAAUAUUUGAACUAUCACAUAUCUCCUGAAGAGUUGGAAUCUGUUAUCGGCAGUGUACCAGGGGUCAAGGAAUGCGUUGUCGUCGAGACUGACAAAGGACCAGCGGCGGGCGUUGUCAGACAACCUAGUUACCAUAUAUCAGAGAAUGAUAUCGAUGACAUUGUUAACUCUACCCUUAGUGAUUACAAGCGUUUACGAGGUGGGAUUGCGUUCGUGACGUCAUUACCACGUACACACAGCGGAAAACUGCAUCGAGCCGAUUGUCGUAAAUUCAUAAACAAAAUGCUAGGAUGUCAAGAAUAAGACUACGAUAAUAUAAUUAUAUUCAAACUUUAUAGCAGCUCCUAUCCGUUCAAUUGAACACUUAAAUUAAGUAGAGGAACGUCAAACUUCAUACAUAGCGGCCAUUUUGAUAUUUUUUUUGUCAUUUUAUGAAAUUUGUGACGUAAAGAGAAAUUAUACUGUAAUAUAAGUAUAGCUAAUGUAGUUAGGUGCAAAGAAGUUUUUACAUGUUUUAGAAUUUAAGAAUUUUAGUGUAAUCGCAGUUAAACUGAUA